AGGAAUGUGGAAGUCGGCGGAGGGGAAGGCGACAGGUUGCUUGAGGGAACGGCGGCAGCUCCAGGGUGCCUCUUCCGCCGCUGCUCCGCCACUUGCUUUCUCUCCGGGGAGGGAGCGUGCUGCCAACGGCGGGGGUUGCCCCCUCCUUUUAAUGCUCCUUCUGCUACUUAAAGUGGAACGGCUCGAAAAUCAAGAAUCCUGCAGCAGCAGCAGCAGCAGCAGCAGCAGCGGUAGAAUCGGCGCCUCGUUUUCCUCCCGUGCACUUGGAGCUGGGUUUUCCGCCUGCCCAACGGGUCCGGCUUUAAAGCUUCGCCUCCGAGACGGCUGCUUCUCGCUUGUGCUCCUUCCGUUCGGCCCCUUGCCUGCUUGACCUCUCGCCCUGCCUCUUCUUCUUUUUUUCUGGCCGACGCUUGCUUUCUUUUUUAAAUGACUUGAGUGGAGGGGGAGGGGGGGAAACUGUCAAGAUGGCAGCAGGAGCGAGGAGGUUAUGAAUGUGGUUGGUGCCGAGGCUGGAACGAAACCUCGGGAGCCCGCGGAGGACUUGGGUUUCCGGACCUGUUGGAAGGUCGGCGAUUGGACUUGUUUGAAUUCUCCGCGUCACUUUCUUUUUACGCCGAGGGAGAGGAUUUAAAAGAAGGAGAAGGGAGAAGAAGGACGGGCGUUUUAAGUUUUCCUCUCCUUGCUCCAAUAUAUAUACAUACAUAUAUAUAUAUAAAGACUGGCUUCUCUUCCUUCACCGCUUUCGGAUUUUUCUUUUCUUUCCUUUUUUGUUUUUCUUCCCCGAGGAGGAAUCAAGAGCGAUCACAAAUGGGGCAGCCGCGAUCGGAUGGGUUGUUGUUAAGGCUUCGGUGCUCUCCGUGAAGACGUUGGGAAGUCGGUGAGAAGAAGGACUUGUAAAAGAGCGAAGGCGUCCAUCAAACCAGCAACGGAGAGACUCGCGAACAUCUCUUUUUUUAAAAAAAAAACCACCAAUAAUAAUAAUAAUAAUGGUGAUGCGGGGGGUCGCGUGAAUUGGGGGGGGGAUCUCUUUAAUAGCUACAGAGCGAUGCUAUUGGACGACUCCGACGCGUAGCGAAAGAUAAACAAACGCGCGGGCGCAGAGCCGCGAUUUGAUUCCAGCUCCGCCGUCUUUGGAAAUGCUUCCCAAAUCGGUCAGCCUCAAAGGGCAGCGGAAAGAGCGCUAACCUGCAACCAGGAGACCCCCGGAUCGCUUGCGGAUCGCCUUAGAACUUUUCCUUUCGCGGGAGCGGGAGGCGAGCGAGAGGUGGCGGGCAGGAAGGAGGCGGCCGGACCUUGAAUGGAGAGCGGCGUGCUCGCUCCAGCUCGCUAAUCUCUAGCAGGGAGCUGGGCGAGGAGAAAGGACCGGAGCGUGGAUCGGGAUCCCGUCUGACAGCGGGAAAGGACAGGAGGGAUCGCCUCAAAAGCGGGGGGGGAGGCCAAGAUGGCUGAAGUGUCUCCCCCCGCGCCCUUGUCCCCUCUGGACGUGGAGCUGGACCCGGAGUUCGAGCCCCAGAGCCGUCCUCGCUCCUGUACGUGGCCCCUGCAAAGGCCCGAGCUUCAAACGAGCCCGGCCAAGCCUUCGGGAGACGCGGCCGCCGACGCCGCCUCCAUGAUUCCCGAGGAGGACGACGACGCUGACGAUGAGGAGCAAGGGGGCACCUCAACCGCCGGCCUCUCCGUCUCCGGCGGUGCCAGCGAGGCUCUUGCUUCGGAGGACACGGCCCGUCUGCUGGUUCCCUUUUCCGGGCUGCCCGGGGAGGGAGCUGGCGCCUCUGCGUUGAGCGGCGGGCAGCAGCCUCAGCCAGUGGCGGCGGGAACAGCGGCCGCGCCGCGGAAAUGUUCGUCCCGGAGAAACGCGUGGGGGAACUUAUCGUACGCGGACCUGAUCACCCGCGCCAUUCAGAGCUCGCCGGAGAAGCGCCUCACCCUGUCCCAAAUCUACGAGUGGAUGGUGCGCUGCGUGCCCUACUUCAAGGAUAAGGGCGACAGCAACAGCUCGGCUGGCUGGAAGAACUCAAUCAGACACAACUUGUCACUUCACAGUCGAUUCAUCAGGGUACAGAAUGAAGGAACUGGGAAAAGCUCGUGGUGGAUGAUCAACCCCGAUGGAGGAAAAGGAGGGAAAGCGCCACGCAGACGGGCUGUAUCGAUGGACAACAGCAACAAAUACACAAAGAGCCGAGGACGAGCAGCUAAGAAAAAAGCAGCCCUUCAAGUUGCCCAGGAGACAAGUGACGACAGCCCCACCCAGCUAUCCAAGUGGCCUGGUAGCCCAACCUCCCGUAGCAGUGAUGAACUGGAUGCAUGGACAGAUUUCCGGUCUCGUACCAACUCGAAUGCCAGUACAAUAAGUGGCCGCUUGUCCCCAAUAUUGGCAAGCACUGAGCUAGAUGAGGUGCAGGAUGAUGAUGCUCCCCUUUCUCCCAUGUUGUACAGUAGCUCACCCAGCAUGUCCCCAUCAGUGAGCAAGCCCUCUAACGUUGAGCUGCCUAGGUUGACUGACAUGGCAGGCACGAUGAACCUGAACGAUGGCUUGACAGAUAAUCUUAUGGAUGACCUCCUGGACAAUAUAACCCUUCCCUCUUCCCAGCAGUCACCCACAGGAGGUCUUAUGCAGAGAAGCUCAAGCUUUCCAUACGGCUCCAAAGGUUCAGGGCUUGGUUCUCCAUCCAGUAGUUUCAACAAUGCUGUGUUUGGUCCAUCAUCUCUGAAUUCUCUCCGUCAGUCUCCCAUGCAAACCAUCCAAGAGAACAAGCAAGCUACAUUUUCUUCCAUUUCACACUACAAUAACCAAACUCUGCAGGAUCUGCUGGCAUCAGAUUCACAUAGCCACAGUGAUGUCAUGAUGACUCAGUCUGAUCCACUCAUGUCACAAGCUAGCACCGCUGUGUCUGCCCAAAACGCCCGCAGGAAUAUUAUGCUUCGAAAUGAUCCAAUGAUGUCGUUUGCUGCUCAACCUAGUCAGAGCUCUUUGACCAAUCAGAACCUGCUCCACCACCAGCAUCAAUCCCAGAAUUCCUCUCUCAGUGGCAGCCGUGCCUUGUCAAAUUCUGCCGGUACUAUGGGCUUAAGUGACACCAACCUUGGAUCAGCAAAACACCAGCAACAGCCACCUGCCAACCAGUCUAUGCAAUCACUUUCUGACUCCCUCUCAGGCUAUGCCAACAGUGUGAGCCUUCCGGUCAUGGGGCACGAUAAAUUCCCCAGUGAUUUGGAUCUGGAUAUUUUCAACGGGAGCUUGGAAUGCGACAUGGAGUCCAUUAUCCGCAGUGAACUCAUGGAUGCAGAUGGAUUGGAUUUUAAUUUUGAUUCCCUCAUCUCAGCCCAGAAUGUUGUUACACUGAAUGUGGGAAACUUCACUGGUGCUAAGCAAGCUUCAUCACAGAGUUGGGUUCCAGGCUGAAGGAUUUAUGCAAAGAGGGGAAAAUGGGCAAAGCAGGCCCUUCAUCCAACAUGAAUCCUAAAGAAAAAAAAAUCCUUGCCAAAAUCAACUGUCAGCAAAGACAGGGAUAUCGUUUACAGCAUUUGUGAACCCUGCAUUCUUUUCCUAAUGAAACAGAGACUGUUAGCGAGCCCCAGAACUUGAGGAAAGAACUGACUUAUCUGGAACUGAACUCAUUUUGAAGUAUGCAAAUUUUUCUUACUGUAGGGUGAUCCACCACCAACUUGAGAAUAUGUUGGUUCAGCCACCAUUCUGUUUCAGAACACUGUGUAGUCUUUACAGUAAUGUGCUUGUCAAUCAGUAUAUGGUGUUCCAAAAUGGUGAUGGGUUGCAGGAUGCUUUUAGGUUGGCUUUUGUUCUUCAGGGUUUUCCCCAGCCCACUUUUCUUAAGGGGUGAGAGAUGCUCCCCCCACCCUUCUGUGAAAUUCUUUACUUGCUCCCUUCUAACGUGCCAAUUCCUCAUGAAAAUUAAAUACACAACAAUAGGCUUGAAAUAUCAACAGCACUUGAAUUACCAAUACAGUUUCCAGCUGUAUUAAACUAUUGCAGCAACACAAGUGACGAGUAUGGUGGCACUUUAAAGGCUUAGCAAAUUCGGUAUGACAUGGAUUGGGCUCUAAGAUAAGAUGGUAAGGGACAGCGAGGAAUGGCAAAAAGGGGAGAGAGAAAUGCAAUGCAAGAAGUACCAAUGCCCUCUGCAUUUUGUUUCUAUCUUCAGGAUAGCAUUCCAGGUAUGCAACCACAGAGGGUGUCAUGAAAUGUUGCUCUUUAAAAUGCCACUGAACUCUUUAUGGACUCCUGCAAUCAUUAGAGUACAACCAACCAACUGAAUUCAAGAGUUAGUUUGAAAGACAACUAAACGUUUGUAUUUGCUUUGGUGUUUUAAUGUGGGGAUUGGCUAGCUAACUCAUUAGUUCUCAACUAAUCCCUACAAUUCUCCAACCAAAUAUUUUCCUAAUCUUGUACAUGUUUCUUUUUAUUUUUGGUACCAAGAGAGGGUGGAUUUUACCUCACAAAAUUAGCUACCACUAGUGUUACAUCCUAACCAAGGUUCAGUUGGUGUGAGGGGAAAAGGGCAUUUCGUUGUGGGGAAAAUCAGUAACUCUAUCUAAAUCUAGUCUAAGUUUAUGCAAGCAAUUUUGCCCAAAUGCUGCAGUAAAUUUUUGCUUUUUUGUUUGUCCCCAUAGCUUAGCAAUUGGCCAAUCUGAGGUGCAUUGUUUACCACUUGCCAAAUAUAACCACAUAGAAGGCAAUGGCUUGCUUUCAAAUUAUUACUCUUAUUAAUAAUAACAACACAAAACCUAAAAGAAAAAAAUGAGUAUAUUGCAUGAGAACAGAGUUUUAUGUAUCUGUAAUAUCCAAGGCUUGGAUGAUUUUUUUCAUUCAUAAUCAUUUAUUCAUCUUUUUCUUCCUUAUUCUUUUCCUCUUGUGAUACAUGGUGGAAACUGGAAAAAAGGUGGUUAGGAAGGAGACACAGAGAGGGAAAAUCCAUACCGAGAGCUUUUCAUAGGAGCGUAGAUUGUAACUGGAUAAAUUCCAUUGAAAAACAAAGUAGUUUUUAUAUAUUUUGCUUAUAGGGAUUUCUUUUUGUAAAUUUAUAUAGUAAUAAUGACUGAAAGUUAUGGUGCUGUGCAAGUCCUGUUUAAUUACUUUUUAUUGGUAUUUUUCAUGUGAAGGAGGGGCAAAGAAGGCAAGAAAGAAAUAGGGGAAAACCUGAUGGUACGUUUUAAUUUUUUUUUUUUAAUUUUAUUUUAAUGGUGUGAAGACACUUUGGCUUAGGACAACAUAUACAUAUUUCUCCAAAGUGAUAUAUGAAGAACUUUUUUUGGCAUAAAAGCAGAAUGCAUAUAAAUAUAUAAAUAUAUUUUAUUAUGUACAGAAACAGAUCAUUAUGCAUGAUUGUUAAGAGAACAGACUAGCAUUUUAACCCAAAGUCUCAGUGCAUGAGUUUCCACCAGCACGUGAAUCAUGUACCUGCGUGGUGUGAUUCCUCUCAGCUGCCACCUUUCACUGCGCGUGCACAUGCAGGCAUUCAAGCACAUUCACACACACACACACACACACACAUUCAUUGGUGGGGCCUAUAUUGCUCUUCUUUUCCAACUUCUGAGGUAAUAUUGGUGAAAUAACAGCUCCUUGUGUGAUGAAAGUUUUGUUUUGUACAGUAGCUGCCUCCUCCUUGUGCUGCGCUAUUCUCUAGGAGAACACAUAAAGUCCACCAUGCAGUUCAUAACUUGAUGACAAUUCUGUGCUGUUGUGGUUCUAAAUAGCUCAUAGAAUAUACACUUUCAAACUAGUUAAAUGAUUUUUAUCGUUUUCCAAAUAAAUACAGACUAUUUUUUUAAUAAUUAAGGUGGUAUAUUUGUCUAUGGCAGGGCAUAGUUUAUCAUGUUUCUUUAAUUAUAUACCACCAAUGUGUGUGCUUGUUCUUCACAUUGGAAAGGGCUUCCCUGAAAGGAAUACCUUAUAAAAAUGUCAUCUGUUCCAGGGGCUUAAGAAAAGUAUUGACUUAUCUUGAGAGACUCAGUUACAGGUACCUAUUACCAAAGCUAGUUAAGAAUGUGCUCACAUGCCUUUACUAAAUAUGAGUAUCUGGCACGUCAUUAUAUGUGAAUUAAGCCAAUGAUGAUAUUUUGGGAUGUUUGUUGUUAUUUUGUUCUUUGAAAUGGAAAUGUAUGUGGUGAUGGACAAUUUAUUUCCAAGUUUCUGUCUUGUCUUCUCAACAGAAACUCUGUGCAUAAAAAAAGAUCUGGUACUGUACAAAGUUUAUGGUUUCCUCUACUUUGACUGGGUUUCCUUUCAAUACUUGAAAAUGCAACAUAUCAGGAAGCUGAUGCAGAAAAAGGAAUAGAUUUUUCAUUUCUCAGCUCUAAUUUUAAUCAGGUGACCAGGAUGCAAUGACACCAAAAUGACAGCCUGUGUGCAGUGACAUCAUCACACAAAUGCCAUGAUUAUGUACUUGCAUUUCAACAUCUGACACAAGUACAUAAGAUGCAAUCUUUCUAUGAUAUUGCCACAUCUAUUUUGUCAUCCCACCCCCACCCCUGGAUGAUUAAUGGACACAAAACAAAGAACUAUAUUUGUAACUUGGCCAUAAUUUAUGCAGGAUUUAAAUCCCGUUGAUUUCAAUCAAAUUCAGUACUCACCAUAAAUACCAGUAAGGCUUUGAGACUGUCCUGAGAUUAAAGUCCUAUUAAACCCAAUAUGACAUUACAGUAAGCAUGCAUUAAUCAGAUCGCACAUUUGUAAUAGUAAGCAGUUAAUGGUGCUGUUGUAUUUGCGGAUGCUCGCAUAUAGAUUACAAUAGGAAAACCUCCAUCCUCUUAGUUAGCAUCUGUACUUGUUUAAAUAUUUUUAUUUUAAUCAUACAAAGCAAACUGGGGAGCGGGGAAGAACCCAAGUGAAGUGAUAGCGCACGAACAUUUAUGGAACAUGUUCUAGGUUCUGCCCUAAAGCAUCCUUGGGAACAUGCUACCCAUCAAUGGCAAAUAAUAUUGACCUAUAUAAAUCCUUGGCUUGAUGCGAUGUAAGACAGCUGCAACCUGAAUUUUUGUAGUUCCUUGAGAGAGGGUUGUUGGGGAACAAUCAGGCACAUAUUAAAAGUGAUGAUGAUGGCAACAAAGAAUCCUUUGCGGGGAGAAGGGCAAAAUUACAAACCUCUUCAGCCAGGUUAGUGGUACUACAGGCAAUUUGGUAACAGUGGCUUCAGCAGGAUAAAUUCAGAUCCUAGGAUCCCAGUGGAUGACAACAGCAAUAAAAGUGCAUUCUUUGUGGGGGGAACCCACUAGUUUGAAAUUCAGAUGCUAUUAGAGUCAAUAUGGGCAAAUGUAAGCCUCAUUCUAUCCAGGUUCACCCACAAGUGUCUCAGGGGUUAUAGAAAUGUUUCCCAAACCAUCGGCCUCCCUCUGAAUUAGACUGCGCUUCACAGCAUUUGAACUAACAGGCUCAUGACUAGGCUGACUGGCAAGUAAAGAGACCAAGCUAGGGAACAUAGUAUGCUGCACUAUUUUCUCAGUCAUGUAAAGCAAUUGCAUGGAAAUCCAUCGAUUUGCUCUGUGUCAUUUCUUUUCCUAUUGUCUGUCCCUCUGCCUCUCACAAUAUAAAUAACCACAUUUGAAGUACUGUCCCCAACUGGGAACCCAAUGGCAAACUUUGGCUCUCAAGGAUACUUGCUAGCCAAUGGAGUGCUGCUUAUAGCCUUAAGCUUUCUGUAUUCUCUUUUGCCAGUAGGAUGGCCACAAAAUAUACAGUGACAACCCAAUUUUCUUCCCUAGUUAUAAGUAUGCUGUUUCUAUUGGCCUAAAGGAGUCAGGUGCUAGACAAAAGCAAGCAACCAAUAAAUCCUCAGAUACUGGUCUAGUUCAGGUAUAAUACUAAACCAAGGAUUCGAGGCUGUGUAUGGCCCACAGGUCAAAUGGCAAUAUGUCACAUAUUAGGAGGCUUUUAUUAAGAGGAAGAAAAUAAUCAGUCACUCAGAUCAAAAAGGUUUAUGCCGAUCUGCAUUAAAUUAUGGCUUAGCAUUACAGGAAUGGGCUGUCAUGAACAUUCCUUCCUCCUGACCAGCUUGUGGAAUACAUCAUGGCUUACCAUCACAUUUUUAAAUCCAAGAAGUCUGCAUAAUUUGGUCCUUGUUUGUUUGCAUAAGCAUGGUGUGAAUAAAUCCGUUUUUAAGUUGGGAUCAGGUAGAACACCCCCAUUUAUACAUUUACAUCUAUGUCACUUUUUCCACACCAAAUUGAAAAUCUCUAAUGGAUGAAAACAUUGUGAACAAUGAGCGGAAAGCUGCUUAACUCCCUCACUUUGUGCAGGAAAGAAGAGCAAGGAAGAGAUACCUUCCAGAUGUAUGGGGAACAACAGCUUCCAGAAUUCCCCAAUCAGCCAAUAAACAUAUUGGUUGGGAGCUCUCAUUGGCACUGUGCUGAUUUGUACAGUACAAAUCAGAAUUCCUAACCAAUGGGUUUUAAACCCCAAAAUUUUAAAUUUGGGCAUCAAGCCAAAUGAUGGCAUGUUUCUUUCACUGAAAGCCAAUUCUGUUGCUUGGGAUCCUUUUUACAAUGAAGCUCCAUCUUUUAAAAGGCAAAUGUCAGCCCCUAACCUCAUAGUGCAGUAGUCCCAAAGCUCCAUGUAAAUGAUUUUGAGUUUGCGAAGCAUGUAUCGCCCAAACUGUCCAUCAAUUAAUGCGUAAGGUUCACUUCUGAACAUUUUUGAGUACUCUAGUGCUAUAAAGCACUUAAGCAUGAGAUCACACUCUUGAGGAGUUUCUUUUUUAUGUACAUAAGUCCAUUAUUCUAAGACUGUUGGUUGAUUAGUGGGACUGUCCCUGUAAAAUAGAAUCAAAUAAAUAGCUCCCAUCACCCUAAUUUUUGAAUUAUGAACCCAUUAAAAAUUGAAAUAAGGGUUGGCACAGAAACACAAGCAUUUUUUUUUUAGCUGCUUUCUGAAUAGUUCAUACCAUUCUCUUUUUAGAUUGCAUCUUUUUUCUAAAGUGUAAGUUAACCUGCUGCCCAUUAUAUCUAUCUUAAGAAAAAAAAAUGGAAUAGGUUGCUUUUGAAAACGACAUAACUUCUUGGCAGUCAAUUGCCGGUUCAUUACAUUCUUUGCAUGAUGUGCAUCAGAAAUAUCAGCUGAUAAGGAAGGGGACCAGAUUAUUGUACAUUUUGGCUUCAUGUAUGAAACUUUUUUAAUUAAAAAAAAAGUUGUAUGAGUGGACAAAACAUGUAUACAGUAUCUGUAAACUGUCUUGUCUGGAUUAUUUCUUUCACUGUUGAGCCACAUUCUUUUGAAGAAUAUAUUCUAUCACUGCCUUAGUACAUGGCCAUCUUUUACAGGGGUACACAAUUUUUACUUUUUGUAUGAGCUACUUUCAUUUGAAAGUUGGCACUGUCAUAAAUUUAGAGGAGGCUUUUCUCAAACCAAAUGCUGACAUGGGUGAAUAUACUACCUUACUACAUAACAAUUGGAUGUCAGUUUGAUUUGGAAAUCUUUCCCUUUUGCAAAUGAACUAGUGGUGCAGAGCUUAACUCCACUUGAUGUUAGUAGAUAUUGCCUUGUGUACUCCAUUCUCAACAGUAAUCUAGUUUGUAAAAUAAAGUGUGAUGCAUGUAAAUAAAGCAUAAUGGAUCUC